AUGCCGGCGGCGGCCGGGGGGUUGCUGUGGUGGAGCUGCUGCGUGCUGGCGGCGGCGGCCGGGGCCCCGCGGGCCGCCGCGGCGGCGCAGGCAGUGUGUGCUGGCACUGAGAACAAGCUGAGCUCCCUGUCUGACCUGGAGCAGCAGUACCGGGCCCUGCGCAAGUACUAUGAGAACUGUGAGGUGGUGAUGGGCAACCUGGAGAUCACCAGCAUCGAGCACAACAGGGACCUCUCCUUCCUGAGGUCUAUCCGAGAAGUCACGGGCUAUGUGCUGGUGGCUCUGAACCAGUUUGAGUACCUGCCCCUGGAGAACCUGCGCAUCGUUCGUGGCACCAAGCUCUACGAGGAGCGCUACGCUCUGGCCAUAUUCCUUAACUACAGGAAGGAUGGCAACUUUGGACUCAGGGAACUGGGCUUGAGGAACCUGACAGAGAUACUGAAUGGAGGGGUGUAUGUUGGCCAGAACAAAUUUCUGUGCUUUGCUGACACCAUUCAUUGGCAAGACAUCGUGAGGAACCCCUGGGCCUCCAACUUCACUCUGGUUCCAACCAAUGGCAGCUCAGGAUGUGGUCGUUGCCACAAGUCCUGCACAGGACGGUGCUGGGGACCCACAGAGAAUCACUGCCAGACCUUGACCAAGACGGUGUGUGCAGAGCAGUGUGACGGGCGCUGCUACGGGCCCUACGUCAGCGACUGCUGCCACCGCGAGUGCGCCGGGGGCUGCUCCGGACCCAAGGACACCGACUGCUUUGCCUGUAUGAAUUUCAAUGACAGCGGUGCUUGUGUCACACAGUGCCCCCAGACCUUUGUGUACAACCCCACCACCUUCCAGCUGGAGCACAAUCUCAAUGCCAAGUACACCUACGGGGCUUUCUGCGUCAAGAAGUGCCCACACAACUUUGUGGUAGAUUCCAGCUCCUGUGUCCGGGCAUGUCCCAGCUCCAAGAUGGAGGUUGAAGAAAAUGGCAUUAAGAUGUGCAAGCCCUGCACUGACAUUUGUCCCAAAGCAUGUGAUGGCAUUGGGACAGGGAGUUUGGUGUCAGCUCAGACAGUGGAUUCCAGCAACAUUGACAAGUUUGUAAACUGUACCAAGAUCAAUGGCAACCUCAUCUUCCUUGUCACUGGGAUUCAUGGAGACCCCUAUCACACGAUCGCUGCCAUCAAUCCAGAGAAAUUGAACAUCUUCCAAACAGUGAGAGAGAUAACAGGGUAUUUGAACAUACAGUCGUGGCCUGAGAAUAUGACAGACUUCAGGGUGUUCUCUAACUUGGUUACCAUUGGUGGCAGAGCUCUCUAUAGUGGCCUCUCCUUGCUGAUCCUAAAGCAACAAGGCAUCACCUCCCUGCAGUUCCAGUCCUUGAAGCAAAUCAGUGCUGGCAACAUCUACAUCACAGACAACAGCAACCUGUGCUACUACCACACUGUCAACUGGAGCAGCCUGUUCAGCACCCCCAGCCAAAAGACAGUGAUCCACAGGAACAAAAGGGCAGAGAACUGCACUGCUGAUGGCAUGGUGUGCAACGAGCUGUGCUCCAGUGACGGCUGCUGGGGGCCGGGGCCGGACCAGUGCCUGUCCUGCAAGCGCUUCAUCCGCGGCAGGACCUGCAUCGACUCCUGCAACCUCUACCACGGGGAAUUCCGUGAGUUUGCAAACGGCUCCGUGUGUGUGGAGUGUGACCCCCAGUGUGAGAAGAUGGAGGAGAACAUGAUCACCUGCUACGGGCCGGGACCUGACCACUGCACAAAGUGUUUCCAUUUUAAGGAUGGUCCAAAUUGUGUGGAAAAAUGUCCUGAUGGCUUGCAGGGGGCCAACAGCUUCAUUUUCAAGUACGCCGACGAGGAUCGGGAGUGCCACCCGUGUCAUCCCAACUGCACCCAGGGGUGUAGAGGCCCAGCUAGUCAUGACUGCAUUUUCUAUCCAUGGACACGGCAGUCCGCCCUGCCCCAGCACGCUAGAACCCCCCUGAUUGCUGCUGGAGUCAUUGGUGGCCUCUUCAUCAUCGUCAUCAUGGGCCUGACGUUCGCUGUGUACGUGCGGCGCAAGAGCAUCAAGAAGAAGAGAGCGCUGCGGAGGUUCCUGGAGACUGAGCUGGUGGAACCCCUGACCCCGAGCGGCACGGCGCCCAACCAAGCCCAGCUCCGCAUCCUGAAGGAGACAGAGCUGAAGAGAGUCAAGGUCCUGGGCUCUGGUGCCUUUGGAACUGUGUACAAGGGGAUCUGGGUCCCUGAGGGAGAAACAGUAAAGAUUCCUGUGGCCAUUAAGAUCCUUAAUGAGACCACUGGCCCAAAAGCCAACGUGGAAUUCAUGGAUGAAGCUCUGAUCAUGGCCAGCAUGGACCACCCCCACCUGGUGAGACUCCUGGGUGUCUGCUUGAGCCCCACCAUCCAGCUGGUCACUCAGCUGAUGCCUCACGGCUGCCUCCUGGAUUAUGUCCACGAGCACAAGGACAACAUUGGCUCCCAGCUCCUGCUCAACUGGUGUGUUCAGAUAGCCAAGGGGAUGAUGUACCUGGAAGAGAGGAGACUGGUCCACAGGGACCUGGCAGCCCGCAAUGUCCUGGUGAAAUCCCCAAACCACGUGAAAAUCACUGACUUUGGUUUGGCCAGGCUCCUGGAAGGGGAUGAAAAGGAGUACAAUGCCGAUGGGGGCAAGAUGCCAAUUAAGUGGAUGGCUCUGGAGUGCAUACACUACAGGAAAUUCACCCAUCAGAGUGAUGUGUGGAGCUAUGGAGUGACCAUCUGGGAGCUGAUGACCUUUGGUGGGAAGCCAUACGAUGGAAUCCCAACUCGAGAGAUCCCUGACCUGCUGGAGAAGGGAGAGCGCCUGCCCCAGCCCCCAAUCUGCACUAUUGAUGUCUAUAUGGUGAUGGUCAAGUGCUGGAUGAUUGAUGCUGACAGUCGGCCAAAAUUCAAGGAGCUGGCUGCUGAAUUCUCCAGAAUGGCUCGAGACCCUCAGAGAUACCUGGUGAUUCAGGGAGAUGAUCGUAUGAAGCUCCCAAGCCCAAAUGACAGCAAGUUCUUCCAAAAUCUUCUUGAUGAGGAAGACCUGGAAGAUAUGAUGGAUGCUGAAGAGUAUCUUGUUCCUCAAGCCUUCAACAUUCCUCCUCCCAUCUACACCUCCAGGACAAGAAUUGAUUCCAACAGGGUCAUGAUGUUGAAAGUUCCUUGCAUGCCUGUGCUGACAAGCAAAGCAAACCAGUUUGUGUACCGCGACGGCGGCUACACCGCCGAGGUGCCGAUGCCGUACAGGGCUCCGGGCUGCAUCCUUCCAGAAGCCCCAGCUGCUCAAGGGGCCACAGCAGAGAUCUUUGAAGACUCUUGCUGCAAUGGCACGAUGCAGAAACAGGUGGCAACGCUGGCAAAGGAGGACAGCAGCACCCAGAGGUACAGCGCCGACCCCACUGUCUUCAUUCCCGAGCGGGUGGCGCGGGGAGAGCUGGACGAGGACGGGUACAUGACACCGAUGAGAGACAAACCCAAAACAGAUUACCUAAACCCAGUGGAAGAGAACCCAUUUGUUUCCCGCCGGAAGAACGGAGAUCUCCAAGCUGUGGACAACCCCGAGUACCACAGUGCUCCCAACGGGCAGCCCAAAGCUGAGGACGAGUACGUGAACGAGCCCUUGUACCUCAACACCUUCGCCAACACCUUGGAAAACGCCGAGUACCUGAAGAACAAUUUGCCAGAGAAAGCCAAGAAGGCCUUUGACAACCCAGACUACUGGAACCACAGCCUGCCCCCACGGAGCACCCUCCAGCACCCGGACUACCUGCAAGAGUACAGCACAAAAUACUUUUACAAACAGAACGGGCGGAUCCGGCCCAUAGUGGCAGAGAAUCCCGAAUACCUCUCUGAGUUCUCCCUGAAGCCUGGCACUGUGCUGCCCCCGCCGCCCUACAGACACCGCAACACCGUGGUGUAGUGGCUGUGCUCUCACUCAAGUGGAAAGGCAACCCCUUCUAGCUGCCUCACUCUCGCUCCCCCUUUCUCCCUGCCCCUCCUCCCUCCCUCUCUUUCUCCCAUGAGCUUCCUCUUCUUGCCAGUUCACUCAUUUUUGAUAUUUCUAAGUGAAAGGAUGCCUUGGAGUUGGUUGCAGAUUGGGUUGGGAGCCUGGAAGGAAGGAAGGACAGAGACUGAAAGAAGGAGUGUACAACCUGGCCUUUCCCACUUUUGGCAGACGCGGGGGUUGGAGGCCCAGAGAAGGCAGGUGGUACCAGGAAAGGCCAGGGGCAGUGCUGCUGUCAAGCUUGUUCUCAGUGAUUCACCUGUAGGGAAAGGCACAGAAAGGCUGAUUCUUUCAGCAGGAACUGAUGAGAGUCUGUACAGCAUUCCUGGAAAUCUCCAUGCAAUUUCCAUCAGGGUGAAAAAUGGACAAUUUUUAUAUCCUGUGUGAUAGCGUAGUAAUUGAGAUUGAGAAUCCAAUUUCUUUCUCUAACACUUUCUAUCCCAGCAACUGAAAAUGGCUAACAUAGCUUUUCAAAAACAUUCAGAUCUUCAUUGUGGCUUUCCAAGAAAUGAUGAUGUGACUCCCACAUACAGCUAAGCCCCUCUUCUGAGCCACGCCGUGAUUUUGUGCCAAUUCCCAGCCACAGAGACUCCUGCUCAGAACUGGUACCUGACAUGACCAUUUUUGUAUGUGUGCCAACACAACAAUCACUCUAAACACAAAAUACCUUUCAGAAGAGAGUAACAAAACCACACCUCCAAUAUGUUCAUUUGAAGCUAAGAACCAGGCCAAGAAAUGAAGAUUUGUAUGCCAAAAGCUUUGCUUUCCUGUUUUAUACCUGCUGACUAUAAACACUUCAAAAGAUUGUCACUAAUUCUUCCCUCUUUUUCUUCUUCAUGGUCAUCAAGGGAGCUGGGGAUGCUGUCAGGCAACACUGAGGACAAG